AUGGGACGCCAGUCAUCAGACACCAAGGAAGAGAGCAGAAGCAAGAGAAAAAAGACACACCGGAGACGCUUCUCUUCGAGUAGUUCCUCAGAUAGCAGGACAUACAGCCGCAAGAAGGGUGGGAGGCGGCCACGGUCCGAGUCCAGGUCCUGGUCUAGACACUGCCAGCCUCGCUCACAUUCUUAUGAGAGUAGACGCAGGCACAGGUCAAACAGCACCUCUUCUUACGGCUCCCGAAGAAAACGAAGUCGAAGUCGAUCCAGGGCUCGAGGGAAAUCCUAUAGAGUUCAAAGGUCUCGGUUCAAAAGCAGAACAAGAAGGUCAUCUGGAAACAUCAAAGCUGGAUUAGAACAUCUGCCACCAGCUGAGCGGGCCAAAGCCAGACUACAAUUGGUUCUUGAAGCUGCUGCAAAAGCUGAUGAAGCACUAAAAGCCAAAGAAAGGAAUGAAGAAGAAGCAAAGAGAAGAAAAGAGGAAGACCAAGCCACCCUGGUGGAACAAGUAAAAAGAGUUAAAGAAAUCAAAGCCAUUGAAAGCGAUUCUUUUGUUCAGCAGACAUUCAGAUCAAGUAAAGAAGUCAAAAAAUCAGUAGAACCAAGUGAAGUGAAGCAUGUGACUCCAGCAUCAGGACCAGCAUCAGUAGCCGCUGACCCACCCAGCAUCGGAAAGGAAAUAGACUCGGACAGCAUCCCCACGGCCAUCAAGUACCAAGAUGACAAUUCUCUGGCUCAUCCAAAUUUAUUUAUUGAAAAAGCUGAAGCUGAAGAAAAGUGGUUCAAGAGAUUAAUUGCUCUCCGACAGGAAAGACUAAUGGGCAGUCCUGUGGCCUGAGGAAGAGAUUCACAGUUGAAUUGACAGAAGCCUUGAAAAUUUAGGUUUUUAAAUAACAAUAU